CCGGGCGGGGCGGGCCGGGCCUGAGGGGCUGCGCGCUGAGGAGGGUGUACAGCCUGGAGCACCCAGCGGCCGAGGCGGCGGGGACGAGGACCCCUCCCCACGCCGAGGUGAACUUACCCUGGGCCUGAAGCCAGAAAACCCCAUCCCAAAAAGCACCUCUGCUUCCUCCCAUUUAAGCAAGAGGGGACCCUGGAGGAAGCCUUCUCAACAGCUCAUCCGGACCCUACAGAAGGAGGGGCUCAAAGCAACUGCCCAUCCCUGCUUCUUUCAGGAGGACGGAAGGAAGAAGGAGUGAGCAAAGCCCUUCCCUACCAAGGAUGACAUUAAACACCCAGCAGGAAGCAAAGACCCCCUUGCGCAGGAGAGCCAGCACUCCACUCACCCUGUCAUCCCGGGGCCACCAGCCUGGCCGCCUAUGCACAGCAACCCCCAGUCCAUCCCAGCAUCCCCGGUUGGGCCAAUCAGCCUCCCUCAACCCUCCUGCCCGGAAACCUUCACCUGCCCCAGAUGGUUGGUCCUCGGAAUCCAGCGACUCCGAAGGCUCCUGGGAAGCCCUCUACCGGGUGGUGCUGCUUGGAGAUCCUGGUGUAGGGAAGACCAGCCUGGCCAGCCUCUUUGCUGGGAAACAAGAGCGGGACCACCAUGAACAGCUGGGAGAAGAUGUGUAUGAGAGGACCCUCACGGUGGAUGGCGAGGACACCACACUGGUGGUCAUGGACACCUGGGAGGCCGAGAAACGGACCAGACCAGCCUCCUUCUCAGCCAGGGCCAGGCGCCCUCUGAGGAUGGGCCUUGGGGUCCCUCCCAUACAGGAUGAAAGCUGGAGCCAGGAGUCGUGCCUACAGGUGGGCAGCGCCUACGUGAUCGUGUACUCCAUCGCGGAUCGCGGCAGCUUCGAGAGUGCCUCUGAGCUCCGCAUCCAGCUGCGGCGCACACACCGUGCGGACCACGUGCCCAUCAUCCUCGUGGGCAACAAGGCGGACCUGGCCCGCUGCCGGGAAGUCUCCGUGGAAGAGGGCCGCGCCUGCGCCGUGGUGUUCGACUGCAAGUUCAUCGAGACGUCAGCUACUCUGCAGCACAACGUGGCCGAGCUCUUCGAGGGCGUGGUGCGGCAGCUGCGCUUGCGUCGCCGAGACAGCUCCGCCCAGGAGCCCCCUGCACCUCGAAGGAGGGCUAGCCUUGGCCAGCGCGCACGCCGCUUCUUGGCACGCCUAACUGCCCGCAGCGCCCGACGCCGGGCACUCAAGGCCCGCUCCAAGUCCUGCCACAACCUGGCGGUACUCUGAGACCACCCACCCUUCUGGGGUUGAGGGACAUUGGGUACAUUCUGGGCUCCACUGACGCCACCGAGGGGCAAGGUUGCAGUUGCAUGGAGUUGGCAUCAAAGACCUUUCCUAUCCGCUGCCCUGAUGGCAGAGCUUCGAGGACACUUCAACUCCGAGGAAGCAAUGGACAGACUAUGGGGCCAGAGUCUCAAGCUGAACAUAAAGUAGAAAAAAAAAUUUUUUUUUUUUUUUACAUGGUGGUUGCGUUUUUUGUGAAAAUCUUUCUUGUCCCUGGGCAACCCUCAAAAACCCCCCACAAUAAACCUGACCAGUGUGAUGCCCAGAAGGCUCUUCCAGGUGUCUCCACCUCCUGCACGCCUAUCUACACAGACUGUAGACUGAUUUAGCCUGCUGGCCUGGGUGUCAAUAAAGUCAUUG